AUGGUGUUGUGGACUGUGCAUAUCUCAUUUUUUAUUUUGGUCACAGUUUUUGGAAACACUCUUGUCAUUGUAGCUUUUAUUGAGGAUAGAAGGCUUAGAAAUCAAAGCAAUUUCUUUCUCCUCAACCUAGCCAUCUGUGACUUUUUCAUAGGAGCCUUCUGUGUACCAUUGUACGUGCCAUACAUGUUCACAGGAAAAUGGAUACUUGGAAACAUCUGUUGUAAACUGUGGUUAGUCAUCGAUAAUCUCAUGUGUACAGCAUCAGCUCUCAGUGUUGUUCUCAUCAGCUAUGACCGCUUUCUCUCUGUUACUAUGGCUAUUAAGCAUCGCUGUCAACAAAACAAACACAGUCAGACUGUGCUCAAGAUGGCUGCCGUCUGGAUACUGUCAUCGCUAGUGUACAGUCCAGCUAUACUCUUCUGGGAAUAUUUUGACCAUGAUAAAAUCACCUCUGACACUGUUUGUGUUCCUGGAUUCUAUUACAACUGGCAUUUUCUUCUUGGAGCAUCAACAUUUGAUUUUAUACUCCCUCUGACUAGUAUUUCAUUUUUCAAUCUCAGCAUUUACUGGAACAUUCAAACACGAAGCAAAAACAAAAAACACACUGUUGUAUCCUCUAUUUCUUCCAACAAAACAGAAGCUCAGGUUGGCCUUAGUGUUUUAUCAAACAAUAUUUUAAAUAAUGGAAUAGAUAGUACAGAAACAAAAAGGAAGAUGGCUAAGACACUACCAACACUACUGACUUUAAAUAGAUGUUUUGGUAAGGAUAUUAAACUUUAUGGUUCACAAACUGAGUCGGUGCAAAGCAACACCAUCCGCAUCAUUAAUCUCUCCCAAGAUAAGAAAAUGGCAAAAUCCCUCUCAGUGCUGGUUGGCGUUUUCUUUAUCUGUUGGGCACCAUACUCCCUUCUGAUGGUAAUACGUGCAGCCUGUCACGACUACUGUGCUGAUUCUUACUGGUACGAGAUCACAUUUUGGCUGUUGUGGGUUAAUUCAUCAAUAAAUCCUUUUCUCUAUCCUUUAUGCCACGCAAGUUUCAAAAAGGCUUUUAUCAAGGUCUUCUACAAGUAUCUAUGCAGAUGCUCAUAA